AUGGCUUCAAGGGUGGUUUUGGUUUUGGUGAUGCUGAUGUUGCUUGCCAUGAACUGUAACUGCACCAGUGUUGGCCACAUGCCUUCAACCAAAGAGGAAGGUCGUGAUUUUGAGGAGGCUAAGGCAAAGACCUCAGAAACAGCCAACAAGGCCAUGGACACCGGUAAAGAGGGGAAAGAAGCUGCAGAGUCAUGGACAGAAUGGGCUAAAGAGAAACUCAGUGAAGGACUUGGCUUCAAACAUGAUCAAGAGCCCAAGGAAUCCACCACUAAGAAAGUCUCUGACUAUGCCACUGACACUGCGCAGAAAUCAAAGGACUAUGCAGGUGAUGCUGCGCAGAAAUCAAAGGACUAUGCAGGUGAUGCUGCUCAGAAAUCAAAGGAUUAUGCUAGUGGUACUGCACAGAAAACCAAGGACUGUACCGGUGAUGCUACUCAGAAAUCAAAAGAGUAUGCUGGUGAUGCUGCACAAAAGACCAAAGACUAUGUUGGCGAUGCUGCUCAGAAGACCAAGGAUUGUGCCACUGAUGCUGCUAAGAAGACUAAAGAUUAUGCUGCUCAGAAGACCAAGGAAUAUGCCAGCGAUGCUAGUGAUGCUGCUAAGAAGACCAAAGAUUAUGCUGCUCAGAAGACCAAUGAAUAUGCCAACGAUGCUAGUGAUGCUGCUAAGAAGACCAAAGAUUAUGCUGCUGAAAAGACCAAGGAAUAUGCCAGUGACGCUAGUGAUGCUGCAAAGAAGACCAAAGAUUAUGGUGCUCAAAAGACCAGUGAUGGUGCUCAAAAGACCAAGGACUAUGCCAGUGAUGCUGCGCAGAAGACCAAGGAUUAUAUCAGUGGUAGUGCUCAAAAUGCAGCGCAGAAUGUGAAAGAUUUUACAAAUGAUGCAACGCAGAAGACCAGAGAGUACUCCGGUGAUGCUGCUCAUAAGAGCCGAGAAGCUUCUGAUUAUGCCAGUGACACGGCUCAGAAGACCAAAGAUUAUAUUGAUGAUGCUGCCCAGAGAAGCAAAGAGGCGUCUGAAUAUGCUAAUGAUGCGGCAGAGAGGACCCAAGACUAUUCCCGUGAUGCUACCAAGAAAAGCAAAGAGGCGUCUGAUUAUGCCAGUGACACUGCUCACAGAACCAAAGAAAAGCUCCAUGAAUUUGCGUCUGGUUGUUUAUUUAGCAUAGAUUUGUGCACAUCCUACUCAGCUGGAGUGGUGUUACUUAUUGAGGCUGGUCAAUACAGUGCAGAGAAAGCCAGAGAAAUGAAAGAUGCAGCAGCACAGAAGGCUAGUGACAUAGCAAAGGCUGCCAAGAAAAAAACACAAGAAAUAAGCAGAGUAAAGGAAGCCAAGUUGGAAGAGUUUGCGCAAAAGGGUGUUUAG